UGAAUUGAAUUGUGAGUAGUUUGUGUAAUCGUUUACCAGAAUGGUUUUUGAUACGUUUUCAGAUAUUCUUGACUUGAUUGCAAUUAGUCAAAUGCUGAUCCAAAUAUUAUAAUGUUGCUGUUAUUAUAUUGUAAUUAUUCCCCACCAGAGGUAUUGGCAAGUUAUUUUUUAUAAUUGUUCCAUUGUUCAUGAUAUUCGUGCUUUGGACAGUAAGGGACGCUGUUGGUUAGUGAAACAAGUGUUCACAGUUCAGUGGAGGCAUAGCCCUCAUUUUGCCGUCCAGCCAGGGGAGAAGACACACUGUGCUUAACAAGCAGGACUACGGCCCCAAUUUCAUUCGAAGCGAGGACUUUAAAAUCAUAGGACUACUUGAUUCAACUGGCUUUGUUUUCUCUGGAUUGUAUACAGUAGGUGUUGCUAUGACAUGUGUACAAUGGCGUUUGGAAAAUCUCCUUGUGAAAAAAGGCGUUUGAAUAGCAGGUCAGUGUGGCUGUUUAUGCUCUUCUUUUGGUGUCUCAAUGACAUCGUGUCCGGACAAAUCAGAUAUGCAAUUCCAGAGGAGCUGAAAAAGGGGUCACUUAUUGGUAACGUGGCACAAGACCUUGGUUUGGAUGUGCAAAGGCUUCGUUCUGGCCGAGCCCGUAUCGUGACAAGACAAAGCAUCCAGUACACGGAGCUGAAAACAGACAAAGGCGUUUUAGUCGUGAACGAGAAAAUAGACCGAGAGCAGAUUUGUGGAGACGUAACACCGUGCAGCUUCAGCUUUGAGGUGAUUUUAGAAAAUCCCAUGGAACUACAUCGAGUGACAGUGGAAAUAAUUGACAUAAAUGACAAUUCUCCGACAUUUAGGAAGAACGAAAUUAAAUUCGAAAUAAGCGAAUCUGCCACACUGGGAUCACGCUUUUUGUUAGCCAGUGCUGAAGACGCAGAUGUAGGCAGUAACGGUCUUCAAAAAUACAUACUAACUACUAAUGAUAUAUUUGCUUUAAAGCAGCACUCAAGUCCAGAUGGUCGAAAAUAUGCUGAAAUGAUUUUACAAAAACCGUUAGAUAGAGAAAGCGAGCCACGCAUAUCAUUGAAGCUCAUCGCUGUUGACGGUGGAGCUCCCCCUCGAUCUGGUACCGUAAAUAUAGAUAUUACUGUUCUUGAUGCUAAUGAUAAUCCUCCCAUUUUUAACCAGUCUCUCUACAAGGCUACUGUCUUUGAAAAUGCUUCUAAGGGCACCUAUAUUACGACAGUGAAUGCAAGUGAUGCAGACAGUGGAUCAGAUGGUCUUAUCACAUAUAGAUUUUCAAACAUGAAAGAGCAGCUGGCUGACGUAUUUAAUUUAGACGAUCGUACGGGAACCAUAACACUUUUAGGACAAGUGGAUUAUGAAAAAGAUAAAAAAUAUGAAAUAAUGAUUGAAGCGAUGGACCAAGGUGGUCUGACCGAUUCAAGUAAAGUGUUAAUUGAGAUUGUAGACGUAAACGAUAAUGCACCUGUCAUAAAUGUGAUGUCAUUCUCCAGCCCCGUUCCGGAGGAUUCUCCCUCGGGUACCACAGUGGCAAUUAUUAAUGUUAUUGACGCAGACUCAGAGCAAAAUGGCCAAAUUAUUUGUACAACAGACAGUAUCUUACCAUUUAAAAUAAAAUCAACAUUAACUAAUUACUAUGCAUUGGUAACGGACUCAAUUUUUGACAGAGAAGUCGUCCCGGAAUAUAACAUAACUAUCAGAGCAACAGAUUCUGGCUCGCCAUCAUUGUCAAGCACAACAAAAUUACGUUUGAGAAUCUCUGAUGUGAAUGACAAUGCCCCAGUAUUUGAUACAAUUAGCUACGUUGCUCAUGUUAUUGAAAACAAUUCCCCUGGGGUGUCCAUAUUUUCUGUCAAAGCAGAGGACGCUGACUGGAGUCAAAACGCUAGAAUAUCAUACUUCCUCGAAGAAACACAGAUCAAUGGCAGUCCGACCUCUUCUUACGUCUCCAUAAAUACUGAAACUGGAGCUAUCCAUGCAGUGAGGUCAUUUGAUUAUGAACAGAUUAAACAACUUCAGCUAGUAGUAAAGGCGCAGGAUGGAGGCUCCCCUCCUCUCUGUACCAAUGCCACGGUGAAAGUACUGAUCCAGGACCAGAACGACAACCCUCCUCAGGUUCUGUACCCAGUCCAGACUGGUGGCUCUCUGGUGGCUGAAAUGGUGCCUCGUUCAGUCGAUGUGGGCUAUCUGGUCACUAAAGUGGUGGCUGUGGAUGUGGACUCUGGACAGAAUGCCUGGCUCUCCUAUAAACUGCAGAAAGCCACAGACAGGGCGCUGUUUGAAGUGGGCUUACAGAAUGGAGAAAUAAGAACUAUCCGCCAAGUCACUGAUAAAGAUGCUGUGAAACAAAGACUGACUGUUAUAGUGGAGGACAACGGGCAGCCCUCUCGUUCAGCUACAGUCAUUGUUAACGUGGCUGUGGCGGACAGCUUCCCUGAAGUGCUGUCUGAGUUCACUGACUUUACUCAAGACAAGGAGUACAACGACAACCUGACUUUCUACUUAGUGCUGGCUUUGGCUGUAGUUUCGUUCCUCUUCAUCACGUGUCUAGUGGUUAUUAUAUCAGUGAAGAUCUACAGGUGGAGACAGUCUCGCGUCAUGUAUCACUCCAACCUCCCUGUGAUUCCGUAUUAUCCACCACGUUACUCAGACACUUUGGGGACAGGGACUCUCCAACACGUGUACAACUACGAGGUGUGCAGGACGACUGACUCCAGAAAGAGUGACUGUAAGUUCGGCGGAGCCGGUAGUCAGAACGUGCUGAUAAUGGACCCCAGUUCUACAGGGACGAUGCAGCGGAUACAGAGUGAGAAGAGCAUCCUGGAUGAGCCAGACUCUCCUCUAGAGGUUGGUUUAAUAAUGUAGCGUUGUCUCUGUUGCACUCUUUUUCCAUCUGUUUUUAGUUAUAUUGCUAGUGAACUGUUGCAAGACAAAGCAUGUUAAUUCAUACAACUCAUUUCAUCAACAAGGCAAGUCAAAAGCAUUGAGAAAAAGUGCAAAAGAAACCCCAAAAAGGGCAUUAAAAUGCAAUUAA